GCCAGGCCUGUGAGCUGUGAGGUGUAGAGGGGGUACGGGGGCUUCCUGGAGGAGUGGUGUGAAGGGUUCUGGCUCUCAUCUUCUGAGCCUGGGUACUGGACCCCGACUCCUUAAGCCCUGGGAAUGUGCCUAGGAUGCCUGAAGUUGGAGGCAGGCCACACAGGGCUGCACUGAGGCCUCAUGUGCCCCAUGGGCAGGUCCAGUACAAGGUGGUGCACUGAUCCAAGCUAAAGGAAUAAGAGAAGGGGCACAUGGCCAGGAAUGGGUGAGCUGUGAGGGACAGCCUGGACGUCACUGAGGACAGUCUCCUGGGUAGCCAGGUAAACAGAAGCCAGACUGACCUACCCAGUUACUGCCAUGGCUUCCCCUUGCUCUGGGGACCUCAGCCCCAAAGGUCUGCCCCCUCCGCCUGUCACCACUCCAGCCGCAGGUCCCCCCGUGCUCCAGGAGCCCUGCUUUCCAGACAUCUACAGCGGGGACAAACAGCUCUGGGAGGCGCACUUCCGUGGCAUUGGUCGCGCUUAUCGCGCGCUAGGCAAGGAGGACGACUUUGCCAUCCGCGUGCUGACCGAGGACUUCACGCUGCCUUUCCCGUUCUCAUGGCCGCCUGGGCCCGACCCCGCCAGCGGGCCGCUCUUCUACGACCCGCGGGACCGCACAGGCUUCGACUUCCUGUUGCGCGGCCCUGGCGCCCAACCACCCCAGCUGCUGCGGCCCCUGCACGCCACAGCGCAGGCGGCAGCGCGCAAGAGGCGCCUGGAGUACCUGGCGCGCAGCUACGCGCGUGCGGGAGCCGGCCAAUCUGGUCUCGUACUGCUGCCGCCCGGCCCCGCCGCAGCCUUUUCGGGCUCCAGGCAGACCGCUCCGGCCCGCGACAAUGAAUAAAGGCUAUGCUUCUCC